UGUCGCUGCGAGUGGACGUUCGUAAGCUAAGUGCUGUGUCAAUUUGUGUUCAGUGAAUGAAAACGAAUGAAAGUAUUCAUGUUUUGAUUAAUAACAGCGAGCUGGCUUUGUUGGAAGGAAUGGCGAAUUCCGGAGGCUGGAGUGAGGAGCCGGUCCCUAAGGAUAAGCAGAGGCCACCGGUGUACAAUCCUGAGGACUACGCGACCUCACUGAAGAAGUGGGGCAAGAAGGCCGGCGCCGCGUCGCUCUACGAAGUCGACACUACACAGGAGAUGAAUAAAUCCAGAACUCUACCCAACCCGAACAGAAAAGACUUCAGAAACCCAAGCAUGAGUCUGGGCGAGGAAAUGAGUCUACGCCAAUUCGGGUCCCCGAGCGAGUUACUAGUGAAACUACGCGCCGAUCUGAGACUUUCCUUCCCAAGUUUCGUCCAGGAGUUCGCCUGUGAGCCUCUAGAUGGGGUCAGUCUGCUUCUGGAGCUGCUGCGGAACGUUCAGCUUAGUCAGUCCGGAGAAGGAGCUAGAGGACCUCCAGCUGUGAGGAGACGGCCACUGCUGGAUGAACUGGCGUGCUUACAGUGUCUAUGGAGUUGCUGCCAUCGAUACCCUGAUGGUGUCAGGAGACUCGUGGCAGGCCCCAACGGAGCUUAUACUCUGACAGUCUGCAUUAUGUCUACUGUUAACAAAUCCAGGAUAUUGGCAUUGCAGCUCCUAACAAAAGCCUGCUACCCUCCAGCAAAUGGCCACAGCAUGAUAUCCGAAGCCCUAUCCACGUUGCGUCUUCGUUACGGAGAGCCGGUCCGCUUCAGGUUUUUAGUCGGAAUGCUGCAGAGCACUGGAGGCUCUGGUGAACUUCAGGCAGCCGGGUUAGCCUUCAUCAAUGGACUGCUGAUCAGCACUCCGACUCCUCAGAGGAAGUUGUACAUCCAGGCCGAAUUGGAGCAGGCCGGUUUUGAUAUCGUCACUCUGAAGAAGAUGGCAGCGAAACUUCAAACUCCCAAUGACCUAAUAUCGAAGGAAAUUGAAGCAUACGAAAAACAAUUGAUAGACAUUGACAUACUAAGCGAAAAAGCGAACGUGGCUCAAAAAGAGAAAGACGCUCUUCGAUACAAGCUAGACUUGCUCGAGAAAAGAGUUAAGAUCCUGCAAGAAGAAAAAGGUAUACUUUUAUCCUUGGAAAAAUGCCUGAAGGAGAAAUGCUGUGAGCUGCAAGAGGAGGUGUCUUCGUUAAGAUCUGAACACGGAAAUUCCAAUCGAAAAAAAAGUUUUUCAACGAAGAAAAAAAACUCGGUUCAUAAAAACAGAGAUGAGUCCUCACCACCGGAAGACGAAGGCAUCAGCUCAUCAGAAAGGUCACUAAGUCCUGAUGGAGAUCCCCAAAGAGACUCCAUGGUAUACGAGAUAUUUAAUAUCAAAAACGAAACCUUUGACAUGAUACGCAACAAACGCAUUCUGCACAAGAAAAUUGAGAACAAAAAGACCGAAUCAAAGAAGUCACUGGACGACGAAGACGAAACUACUAUAGAAGACGUUAUACAAGAACUCAGAAAUAUUGUUAACAAAGCUGAAACAGAGCAAUACGCUAAAGACAUCAACGAUGACAGAUCAUCAAGGUGCAACCAGAAUUCGGAAAUCAGUAUUCCCAUAAACAACAUAGACCGCAAGAACCACAGUGAAGAAAAAGAAGACUCGAUCACCAGCACAAGACACAGCAUACAAAUAAGAAACGGCACUGAUUGUUCAGAGGAUAACUUCGAAGAUGACCAGGAGGCUGUAAUCGUUCCGAGCAAAAUCGUGCCUCAUCCGCCGCGGAGAGCUAAGAGCUUGCUUCAUUUGUUCACCCCACCGGUCGACCAAGGGUUACUGUACAAUAAACCACCCCCAGAUAUAUACGACGAGCAUUUCUAUUCCAGCGACGAGGGUUCGGAUUCAUUGCUCAGCUCGUCCCGGUGUCAAGGUCAGAACAGCAAAAAGGAUUCGAUUAACAGUUUCGAUUUCAAGGAAUGUCGGGCAGUCUUUAGUUCUACGGUUGAGAAAGACAAAGACGUGACCAGAACUAAGCGAUCUAAGGCCCGUUCGAGAGACGAAAGUACGAAGACUUCGGUGAGAAGAAGCGAAUCAUUUCAAGCCUCAGAAAAAGGGUCCCGACAGCGAGAGCAUAUCGACAACCUCUUCAAUCACGAAACAAAUACGUCUAAUAGAAUUACACCCCAAAGAUCAAGCAGCCGGGUCGACGAAAUCGUCAGUUUGAUAGAAUCUAAGAAACUAACCAAAAGUCUGGAUAGGAUCGAUGAAGGCCUGAACACAAUGGUCGAUAUAGUCCUCCUAGAUGAGCCCAAAAAGCCUGUCUGGCCUUACGAAAGACGGCAAAGAUCCUGCUCUAGGACCAGCAGUGAAGUCGGGAACGAAUCUCCCUUAGUUCCCGUUACCAGAUCCACUAGCAAGCCGACUAACUUCCUGAAAUACGACACGCGAUCGUCCAGCAACAAACAAGAGUCAUCUAAAACGGAACCCAACCAGAAAUUUUACUUACCCGGCGCUAAAUUCACCACGGGAGGUUUCGAAAAUCAACCAUUCAACAGUUCCACCUUCUUAGUGAAACGUGGACACUCAAAUACCGGGUUUUACAGUGGAAAUCACAUGUUGAGAAACGCACCGGCCAGCAUGACGAGUCUGGUCGGCAAUGGACACGCGGAUUUAAAGAGGACCUUGUCUCCAAUGGGUUCGGUGACCAAUUACGGAAUCCACAAAUUCGCGGACAUGCCUUCCGGGCUGUAUUAGUAGCUGUAAUUACGCGUAAUGGAAACCAUCGACUAAUUUAAGUACCUUAUUAUUUUUGUUUAGUGCAAUAUUACCCAAAACGGGAAGCUAUUUAAAAUGUGUGUUUUGAACGAAUUAUAUUUGUAAUUAAUUUGUAGAAAAAGUUAUUCUCAGUAUUUCAUGUAAUAUUCCACAUAAGAUUAGCUAUUUUCGAAAGGAAAUACUGUCGUCCAAAAUUGGAGGAAUAGAAUAAAAAAACCUUCGUAUCCGUUCUUUGGAUAGUGCAGGGUAUUGGAGCCAAUCCGAAACGAAAACUUAGUAGUGAAGUAAGAACACAAGACAUUAUAAAAACAUUGAGUGUAUUACAUAUUUAUUUAGCCAAGUUUUUCGCUUAGCGCGCUAUGGAACUAAAACUGCAAUGGAAGGUCGAGGGAGGAGAAGGGGAUGGAGGGAGGAGAAGCGGAGAGAGAGAGGGGUUAAAUUACGUUUUUUGUACAUUGCGGUUUCGGCAUCACGAGAACAUAACACCUUUUACAGCUUGAGUAUAUUUAUUAAACGUAUUUUGUAUCUUAGUAAUUUUGUUGAUUAGCAAAAUUUGCUUAAGAUCACCGUAAUCACACUGCCAUCUCCGAAUAACAUUUACUAUGUAAUUCUUGCAAACAAAUGCAUGUAACCUCAUAAUUUAAUAAGAUUCAUACUACCGAUUUAAGUUUUUGUUUAUCUUGUGCAAUCGCAACGAUCACUGCCAUCUUGGAACAAGUUUUUUUUUUCUUCUGUACUGUACAUAAUUAUACAUGUAAUGGAAUUAUUUUAUAAUAAACA